GUCUUUCAUUAUCAGCACAUGACCAGUCAGCAAAAUGUAGCAGCUGACGUACCCCGCUCGUUUACUUGCAUUUCGGGUGGUAAUCACGCUGCUGUGUAACGAUCCCCCACCAAUACGGGGCUGCCAUGUUUUACUCUCCCUUUUGUUUCGUGUUGAUUGCUAUCUGUCUGAUGAAAUGCUUGAAAUACUGAGAGGGAAUAAAGCAUUGAAACCCAGAAUUUAUAUAUCAUUCCAUGUACCCAGAGAUAUUUCUGUCCAGAAGUACAUUCUAUUCUGCAACUUCUGAACAUAGUGAAUUUUGAGGACAGCGAGCGAUUCUGGAUUUAUAAAAAUUCAUGACAUAUCGGUCACCACUAUUGACAGCAGAUUGCCAUUCUUGAAAGAAAUUUAUCGCAAAGAUGGCUUCCGAGUAUGCAGGUGCUGGUGAGUGGUAUAAUGGGGAGAAUAGCGGACUUACAGAUGAUGACGACGAUGAAGGACUGUUUCGCGCAGCCAACAAUAUUGGGGAUGAAUUUGGGAAUUGGGACGAGGACUCAAAUCCUGGGGAUCAAGUUUUGUGGUAUGGACAAUACAAAGGUCACAAAUAUGACCAGCUACCUCCUUCGUAUGUAGAAUGGACGAUAGAAAAGUAUCUGAAGAGCCCAGAUACUGCUUCGCCAAAUAUCAAGGGCUUCAAGGCGUUGCACGAUCGAAAGCAAGUCUGGAUCGAAAAAAAUGUUUCCAAGCUUCCGCCUCCCGGAAAGGAAAUCAUAUGGUUCGGCCAGCAUACAGGCACUGCUUUCGACAAAUUGGACUAUGGAUAUGUGAUGAGUCUCUAUAACAAUUAUUACAAAGAAGGGGACAGAGCACUGCCAAGUAUACGAAAAUUCAAGGAGUCAUACGAUAGAUACAAUUCAUGGCUCGUUGCAGAACGGAUACGCACGUGGAAAAGUCCAGGAUCAACUCUGAUUUGGUUUGGGGAGGACCAGGGUAGAGAGUUUCGACAAAUAUAUAAAUAUCGGCGUCGAAAGUGGAAAUGGCUUCUAAAAAACAGCAUAUGGGCCCCGAUACUCAAAGCCAUUGCUCGUGAAUAUGAGGAAUGGUUGAGCACACGGCGACGACAACGACCUGUUUCGCGGAAUAUACCGAUGAUUGCUAACCCAGUUGGCGAGAGACUAGGGCCGGAUGAUGAUGAGAUACCUUCUGAUGAUGAUUCUUAUGUAUCCGACGAUGGCUUUGUGGUUAAAGAUGAGGACGAAAGCUCUAAUGAGGACGAAAGCUCUAAUGAGGAUGAAAGCUCUAAUGAGGGUGAAACAGAGGAGUUGGAGGCCGACGGGGAAGUCGAGGAAUGUACCACAGGUGGAGACUGCGAGGUUGAUAAAAACACAUCCCCGAACCUUGAUGGCAGCGAAAGCGAUAAGUCAGGAGAAGUGCUGCUAGGAACACCGAAUGUAACGAGGUCCUCCGAGCGAAAAUCGCUAAAUUUUUUCGAAGACUCUAUUUCUUCAUCCGACAGUGGUGAUGAGUCUGAACCAAUCGUCUCUCCUGGUAAACGUGGAAUGAGACGUAACCUUUUGCGCCCCCGAAAGAGGGUGGCACCCAUGCCUGAGAGUGAUAGCGACAACUAACCUGCUUCACUCUCCGAAGAGGGCAAAAGCAACCCAGGAAAGUUCUCGAAAACGGUACCUUUUACGGCUGACAACCCAAGAGACAAAUUUUGAUCACGAACCGAGAGAUAUCACGAACCCGUUUUUAAACGCAACUAAAAUCAGAAAGGCGGCUCUAGUAUUUCAGGUUCAAAUGAUCCAUUGCUGUUUCCCAAUGAGAAUACCAAGGGAUCAGUUCAAUCAUGACUUCCAAGCGUACCAAAACUCCAAACGAACCAGAUAUGCAGAGAGCACAGAUUCAGAGGCCGUUCUACGAGCUCAAUCAAAGCAAAAGAUACAAAGAAGCAAGAUAAGAGAAAAGGGGUGAAGGCAUGAUUGUCAGGCAUGUGAAGCGAUAUCUCAUCUUGACUUCAGGAAUUGGGAUAUCACAUAGUGCACCGCAAUGAAUUUUCAGAACAAUGAACUUGAUGGAUAUAAAUGAUGAUGGAGUCAAACUGUAGCAGGCAUUUCAUUUUCAUGUGUGUGGUUGCCGCACAGUCAGUGUGGACAUUGAGGUGAUAAUGGUGAGAGGAUGGCGGCUUUCGUGUGUAGGAGUAUUUUCAGGAACGAAUUUGAUGAUUACACAGUUCCUAAUGUGAUAAAAUAUAAGACCUUUACUUUUCUUGACAAACAUGUAAGAUCCACCAUCAUCAUACUCAUACUUAAUCUUACUCGAAUGGGGUGUA